AAACGAUGACCUUUAGCAGUCCGCCAAAUUCCUGACUGCAGUCCUACUGGCUAGGCAUUUCUGUAGUUUGAAUUUGGAAUACUCUAGUUACUUGUGACUAUGGCAACGAAUCCAGAAGAACUUUUGUCAAGUGUGUCCAAGGCUUAUUGUAAGUUAUAAACUCACGAUUUUUCAUUUUUGUAUUAUUUGAGACCCUACUGAUCCUCAUUCUUACGAACAAUGGGUGACUUACAUCAACAAAAUGGAAGAGAAAGUUAGGUCAAUGGGAAUAGAUGAAGAUAUUCCUAAAGUUCUUUUAGGAGUAUAUGAAGACGCUGUGAAUAAUUUAGAUAUAGACUGGACGGAUAAGAGGUACCUUAUAAUUUUUUUCCGAAGAGUGGUUCUCGAUGUGUUCGAAAAUGGUAAAGAUAGUUUCCCAUAUCUUGAUGCAUGUGCUCUAUAUGGAUGGAAAAAUAUUCACUUAAUUGUAGGCCUAGCUCAUCAGUAUUGUAUGAAUGGUGAUAAAGCCGAGGCGAAAUCGGUAUUAAAUGCUUCGAAAAAGCGUUAUGAUAGUAUUGGAGUAGAAUUACUCCGCAAAGCAGAGCAUUUAGUGGACAACGAUGGCGACUUCAAGCCAUUUGUGGGUCCAUUCUACUACUUACCAUACUCUAGACCCCCAGAUAUAAAUGCCGAAUUGAGUCCAGUGAAACCGAUGAAAUCAGAAGAGAUUCUUUCCAAUGGUGAAAAUGCAUCAAUUGUUCGUCUGACUGCGGAAAUGGAUCGAAAAAUGCUGAUCAGUGAAUUCAAGGAUUCAACGAACUGUACAUCACUUUACGUUCCACCAGAGCUCAUUCAAACUGAUAUGCAAGAUUCAGCCGAAAAUCCGGGACGAAAUUCGUCUUUUGAACCGUGUUCUUCGUCCACUGUUUCAGUGUCUGUGGAAUUUGAUGAACGUUCACCUCUCCGUGGUUGCGAUGGAUUUGGAAGUGGGGCACAACACCAUUCUGUGGGUGUACAAACCGACUUAGAAGAUGCGGAAAAGAAUGAAGUCAUGGUUGGAAGUGAAUUCUAUCGAAUAAUUGGUAGAUUAGGUGAAGGCGGUUCAUCUGUGGUGUAUUCAGCUUUGGAUGGCAGUUUCAAUCCUUGGGCGAUUAAAGUAGUCACAUUGAAGCGUGGUAUUUCGAAGGAGUGUGUCACCUCCUACCUACACGAGAUUGAAAUGCUCAAACGUUUUCAGAAAAGCGAUAGGAUUAUUCGAUUGAGAACAUAUCUACAAACACCUGAGCUUAUUAUUUUGGUAUUGGAGAAAGGGGAAUGUGAUCUGAGUAAAAUUAUUAUUCAACAUGCUUCUGAAGAAAAUAGCGUAUCGUCUUCAACGAGACACAUCCGCCCUAUGCCGACAACAGCUGUUAUAUUCUACUGGGAUCAGAUGUUAAGAUGUGUGAAUGAACUUCAUGAUCUAGAAAUUGUUCAUUUAGACUUGAAGCCACAAAACUUUGUUUUAGUUAAUCGCCGAUUAAAACUAAUCGAUUUUAGCACUAGUCAUGAAUUGUCAAAGGAAUCAGUAAUAUCAGACGAUUGGGUGAAUUUGGGAACUGUAUCGUUUAUGAGUCCAGAACGAUUAAGAAGACCGGUGAAGUACAAUACAGAUUUUCUACUUUAUCAUUUUAUAAUGGAGAAAAAGACUACUGAUGAUCAACCUAAGAUUGGUAAGAAGUCUGAUGUCUGGUCGUUGGGAGUAAUCCUCUAUCUGAUGGUUUAUGCGAAGGCACCAUUUCAACAGGAGUCUGUAGAAGAACGUAUCCAAGCAAUUCUCGAUCCGAAUAACGAAAUUCCUUUUCCAAUGAUUAGAAAUAGCUCGAUUCACAAAGCGUUAAGAUAUUGCUUAUCCCGGGACUAUGAACAACGUCCAUCUGUCUAUGAUUUAUUAAGCUAUGAGUAUGCUCCCAAUACAAAUAUUUUUAACUAUUCUAGGUUGUAACCAGUUGAGAAAAAUCUUCGAAAUGAUAAAAGAUGAGCUCACAUUAUCGUGGUACAAUAGAUGUGCCUGCUUUGUACGAAGUUCAUUAAUGGGAAGAACUGCAAGAGGUGAUCGAGUUUUCUCUGAAGAAAUCUCCAGAUAUUGACGACCAUUACAACGCCAGAGCCUAUCUGUGAUAUCUGUGUUGGUUUUUUAUAAUUAUUUAAAGGAGGGACCAACUGAAAUCCUUAUGAAGUCUUUCAAGCGGUUGAUUUGAUUAUUAUCAUCAUUAUCAUUACUAAUAAUAUUUUGUACUGGUACUUUUAUUUUCUUAUUGUCAUUCCCAUAACGAUGAGUGUUUUCACUGUAUCGUGUGUACACAACAGCAUCAUUCACAGUAAUAAAUAACCUGAGUGAAACAUGUACUUGUUGUUUUCUUAUGUGGAUAUAUGUGUCACUGCUGACUACCUCUUUCGAUGAAAAUUGUAAGACAAGCUUCUGAAUAGGCGCCAUGUGUAUCUCUUCCCAUUUCAAAAGAUUGUCACGGUUCAUGAAUUAAUUGUCGCUUACGAUGUAACACAUAAGCUUGUGCGGUGUUCUUACAACUAAUUGUUUCUUGGCUAGUUUCCUUUUUUCUAAUGACGAACUCAUGGAGGUGUGAUUUUGAUGGUGGACGAAAUAGACCUUUUAUCCAAUCA